GAGAAUGAUUGGGCAAUGGGUACCGGUUCUAUCCAACCAAAAGGAAGCAACAUGAGUCCAUUCACCAUUUACGAUGAAUUGGUCACCAUCUACUCCGACAAAAUUAAAUAUCCCAAUGUUAAGACUAUCAAAUUUGUCGGACAUGGUGGAGGCGCAUUAGUAAUUCAAAGAUACGCUGCUUUACGCAACACUGGCGAUUCAGCUACUACCUCGCCAGCAAUUCGUUAUGUUCUUGGAAAUCCAUCUUCUAUGUUAUAUUUCACCACCGAUCGUUCAACCAACCAAUACAAAUCAUGCGACGUUUUGAACAUUUACUACUACGGUUUGGAUCAAUACGACGCUCCUUAUGCCACCGAUAUCAAUAACCCUGCCAGCCUUUUCAAGACCUACGCAGCAAGAGAUGUACGUUAUCUGGUCUCUUUGGGUGAUACUUCAACCACAAACGGUGAUCAAAGUUGCGGUGCCCGCGCUCAAGGCGGUGCUCCGAGAGAAUUACGUUCGAGAACGUACUGGAAAUACACUCACCUUUUGGCCGGUGUUAAGGAUUCUUCUUUGAGUGCUUACCCUGGAACGUUUGCAUCUUUGCAAAACAAUGCUCGUCCAGAAUUCAACACGGAUAUCAAACAUACAAUCUCUACCAUUCAAAACGCAGGUCAUUCAGAAGUAGAAACUUUCACAUCCUCUCAAGGAUUACAAGCCAUCUUUGGCCAAUAAGCACGGACUCAGACACAUGGACAAUGCAGUGAUUCC